AUGAUCAGAUCAUUUGAAAAGUUACCCUAGAGCAUGUAUGAAAAUAAACACCGGUGUUGGAAUAUAGAAAACAAUGGAAUUUGUGAAAGUUACAAAUGUCUUGUACAAUAUCAUCUCUGUAAUCAUACUUGCGCUCCUACUGUCAACAGCGAGUGCUCGACCAGGUAAAGACUUUGAUAGGGAAGGAACUGGAUGUCAAGGGACUGCUGUUGCUCAAAGUCAUGCUUCGUCAAGCGCUUCCUCUGGUACAGGCGUUGCUCCUGGACAAUGGUCAUCAGGUAAAAGUCAAGGCUCUGAUCUUAGUCAGGAGCAUUUAGGACUCAAGCAUCCGCAUGUGGGAGUUUCUGGAGGACAUUCAGGCCAAGUUCAUCAUGUUGAACAUGGAAAUCAGGGUAAGAAACAUCAUGAGUCGGGAUCCGAGGACGGUUGGGAAAAAUCAGAAGAAUAUUGGAAUGAACCUGAAGAGUCUGUGGAUAAAUCUGAGGAGUUUUGGAACGAGUACGAAGAGUAUUGGGAUGGAUUGGAAGAUUCAGAACAUAGUCAUUAUGAUCAUGAUCAUGAUCAUCACCAUGAACACAAUAAGGGACCCAAAGGUAGCGCCGGAGUAGGAGUCGGAACUCAUCAUGGUAAAGUCGGAGUUGGGAUCGGAGCAGGAAAGGGAUCCGGCUCUCAUGGUGCGACAGGUGGAGCAUCUUUAGGAGUGAGCAAAAAUGUAGGAUCUGCUUCUCAUCACGGUGGAACAUCUUCAGGCGUGAAUAAGAACACGGGACUUGGAAUUGGAGUAGAAUUGGGACUCGGAUCUCAUCAUCAUGAGGCUGGCUUAGGCAUCGGAGCAGGAAUAGGAUCCGGCUCUCAUGGUCCAACAGGUGGAGCAUCAUCAGGAGUGAGCAAAAAUGUAGGAUCUGGUUCUCAUCACGGUGGAACAUCUUUAGGCGUGAAUAAAAACACGGGACUUGGAAUUGGAGUAGAAUUGGGACUCGGAUCUCAUCAUCAUGAGGCUGGCUUAGGCAUCGGAGCAGGAAUAGGAUCCAGCUCUCAAGGUCCAACAGGUGGAGCAUCAUCAGGAGUGAGCAAAAAUGUAGGAUCUGGUUCUCAUCACGGUGGAACAUCUUCAGGCGUGAAUAAAAACACGGGACUUGGAAUUGGAGUAGAAUUGGGACUCGGAUCUCAUCAUCAUGAGGCUGGCUUAGGCAUCGGAGCAGGAAUAGGAUCCGGCUCUCAUAGUCCAACAGGUGAAGCAUCAUCAGGAGUGAGCAAAAAUGUGGGAUCUAGUUCUCAUCACGGUGGAACAUCUUCAGGCGUGAAUAAAAACACGGGACUUGGAAUUGGAGUAGAAUUGGGACUCGGAUCUCAUCAUCAUGAGGCUGGCUUAGGCAUCGGAGCAGGAAUAGGAUCCGGCUCUCAUGGCCUGACAGGUGAAGCAUCUUCAAAAGCGAACAAAAAUAUCGGUUCAGCAUCACAUCAUGAUGGAGCAUCUACGGGAAUAAGCAAAAAUGCAGGACUUGGGAUUGGAGCAGAAGAGGGACUCCAAUCUCACCAUGGCAAAGCUGGACCUGGUGUUCAACCAGGAAUUGGAUCUCUUGGCAAUCAUGGAGACAACUUCAAAGGUGAAGAAUCUUUGUCAGGAUCCUCCAGUAACUCUCAAUCUGGUUCUCUUUCUACCAGUGGUGCAAACGUGCCUGGAUCUAGCAGUAGCAAUUCUAAAGCAAGCAGCAGUUCAACUGGCUCUGGAUUAGGAGGCAGUGGAAGUAGCAGCAGCAGCAGCAGUAAUUCCUGGGCUUCUGGAACCGGAAGUGGCUCCUCGUCUUUCUCCAGCAGCAGUUCAAGCAGCUGGUCAGGAUCACAUCCGGUUGGUGUCAAGGGUCACUGAGAUGUCGAGGGCUCUUCGGCAGUACAAAAUUCGUCCGGAAAACAAGUAACGAAUUUUAUACAAAUUACUUAUGCGAUUAAUUCUGCAAAUAUAUUUGUGCAAUAAUCUGUCUGAAAAAAUACAUUUGUGACAUUACAAUAUGACAAUAUUAA